UGGGACGGGGUCUUGCAACGGGUCCUUCCCGGGGGUGACAUUCAGCUGGCAGUUGAGGCGACGGCCCUGCUACUGUGGAACUAUGGCCCAGUUCGUCCGUAACCUCGCGGAGAAGGCCCCGGCGCUGGUGAAUGCUGCUGUGACUUACUCCAAGCCUAGAUUGGCCACAUUUUGGCAUUAUGCCAAGGUUGAGCUGGUUCCUCCAACUCCUGCUGAGAUCCCUGUAGCUAUUCAGAGCCUGAAAAAAAUAGUCAAUAGUGCUAAAACUGGUAGCUUCAAACAGCUCACAGUUAAGGAAGCUAUGCUGAAUGGUUUGGUGGCCACCGAAGUAUGGAUGUGGUUUUAUAUUGGAGAGAUCAUAGGCAAGCGUGGCAUCGUUGGCUAUAAUGUUUGAAUACCUUUAACAUCUGAUUAUAUUUGACUUAAUAUUUGUGUUCUUGAAUCACAUGAUCAACCACGUGAUCAGAACAUCUGCUAUCUGAAUAAAAAAAUGUCAGCUAUCA